AUGCGCUUCGACAUUCGCAGGCUCACGGAGCAAUCUGAGGCUUUCCCAGAGGAAGACGAAGGCCUACGCUUUCGACAGUUCCUGACGGUGAAAGGACCUCCCAUCUUCAUAGUGGCCGUGAUGCUGCCAGCCUUCAUGAGGACCUUCGACCUAGAGCCCCAAGCUCGCUGUGCUCUGAUCAUGCUUGGGGUCUUGACACUCAGCCUGUUCGAGCUCAUGCCACUGUUCUGCGUGGCACUCUUUAUUCCAGUCCUCGGGAGCAUUUGCGCAGUCUUUGGCGAGGCACGCACGAUGCUUACGACCUCGACGCUGCUGCUAGCUUCAUUUUUCAACCAGACAUCCUUCCUGGUGCUGGGGAGCCUUGUCAUCAAUGCUGUGUUUGAGAAGUGUGGAAUUCUCGAUUACUUGACCUCAUCACUCCUUCGGCGAUGGCGGCUGGAUAGCAAAAGCUUCCUGUUAGUCAUCAUGCUCUCCACCAUGGCUGCCUGCUCCGUCCUAGUUUCGGGCUCCAUUGUCGUGAUGGCUGCUCUGAAGCCACUUCUAAUGAAGAGAGGCUUAGGGCAGUUGGAGGUGCCUGUCAUCAAGCGGCUGUUGCUGGGCGUGGCCUUCUCCGCAAACACAGGCUCCAUCCUCCUUCCCAUCUCCAGUCCCGUCUCGCUCAUCACGGUGAGUCUGUUGCGGGACUUCGACCACAAACUCUCACUGUGGACUUGGUUCUUCAUGGCGGCCCCGAUUGCCGUUCCGGUGACUGUUGCGUCCUGGUGGGUGCUGUGUUACCUCUAUCCCGCAGAGCAUGAUGGGGAAGAAGCUGUCAUGAAGACGGUUGAGGAGGGCUUGGAGGAGAGCCCUGAGCCGGCGCUCUCCCGGCAGGUGAGCAUGAGCCAUGCGUCUGAGGUGCAGAUGACGCAGGGCCACUGGUUUAUGCUUGCAGCUUCCUGCCUUGCAGUUCUCGGGAUGACGAUCUUUGCGGAGGUCUUGGAGCCGGUACUGGGCCACCCGGCCAUCCUUGCACUCGCUGUAGUGGUACUUGCUUUCGGGAGUGGCUUCCUCUCACGAGACGAGUUCCUCUGCCUGGAGUGGGACUUGUUGGCCAUUGUUGGAGGCACCAAUGUCAUGGCGCUGAUGGUCCGAGAGACGGCUCUGGCGGCCAAAGGUUCCGCCCUCAUGACACAGGCUGGUCUCAUUGGCAGCUUGUCGUUUUGGCCCUUCACCGCGUUGGUGAUCUCCACGCUUCUGAUAUUUGGUACCUUUUGCGGCCACCAGCUUUCUGGUGUCAUUGCGCUUCCCUUGCUUGUGGCGCUGGGCGUGAAACUGGAGGCAGCAGAGCUUUUCGCGAUGCUGUGUGCCCUUUCAAUCCCGCUUGGGAUGGGUAUGCCAAGCUGCUCCUUCGACAACAUGGCCUCUCAGAGCCUAUCUCGAAGUUUGAAGCGCAAGGGGGCUGAGCUCUAUGUUCGUGAUUACUUCUGGAGCGGUAGUGCCACGGCGAUCUGUGGUGCCGUCCUCAUGCUCACACUGGGCUUUGGGAUCGGCUGCUUGCAGCAUGGCAUCCCCAAGCCGCCCAGUGAGGUACGACGGGAGCGCACCCCCGAGGAGUUGGAGCCGCAGGUGGUCAAGGAGAACCGUGUGCUGGAUUUGUUUCAGGACUUGGCCGCCAGCUCGCUGGAUGUCAGAGCUCAGCUCGCGAUGCGGAGUCUGCAUCUGCCGCAAAUGCCACAAAGCAUCUUGGAUGACGGAAGCCGGAGCAACGCCAGCAACGCCAGCAACGCCAGCAGCGCGAGCGGCGCGAACAACUCCUCUCCAAGCGGAUCCCUGAAAGCGAGAGGGCCUGGCCCGUCCUCGUUGGCACAGGCUUCCAGCUCGGCCGGGACAGAGUACGAGCUGCACCUGGAGCGCAGAAGCUUCUUGUCCUUGAAAUGCCAAAGCAAGGUAAUGCUGAUCUUCGUGGUCUUCCUGGGCCUAGGUUUCUGUGGGGUGGACCACUGCCUUGUGGGGAACUUCAUCCUGGGAACCUUGAAGCUACUGACCGUGGGCGGCUUCGGCUUCUGGUUCUUACUGGAUUGGAUGCUUAUUGUCUUCAAUUGCGUGAACCAGUACAGCACCCUCACAGGCUUUGGUUGGGAGGUGGUCUUCACGCCCUGCAGCAUCGAAGACGCUUGCAGGAUUGGACAGGUGACCUGCCUUCUUCACGCCCCCUUUGUUCUCACCUUGCUGAAGGCCAAGCUCAGCGGACGGUCCGUGCAGUCUUCCGUGCAGCAACCGGCAGCCAGCACGGUGGCUUUCCUGAGACAGAAGGGUCUCGUCUCAGAGUCACCGGCGCAGUGGGAGGUGGAUCAUGUUUUCGAAGCCCUGGACAAGAAUCGCGAUGGGAUUGUCACUGCCACGGAGCUCAAGGAAGGUCUCGCUGCCCUGGGCUGCGAGAUCACCGACGAGCAAGUCUCCCAGCUUCUGGCUUCGGCUGCCGGUUCAGAGCCGGGCCGCUCAGAGGGUAUCAACCGGUCCGAGCUGGGAGCCCUCCUCACAAGCAGCCAGCACAUCAUUUCGAGGAGGGCAUCCAAGCAGGUCGCUUCUGCUUCAAGCGAAGGAUGA